UAGGAUGUGAAUCGUAUAAUAUAAGCAGGGUGUAUGCAUUCAUCGUGCUUUUAUGAACAAUACGUGUGUCAAUUUGUGGGAGAGUUCCAACCUUCGACUGGGACGACACCUGAACGAGUGGUCAUCCAAGAAAGCGGGAGGUUUUUGAGAGCUCCGACGAGAAGAAAGUUGGAAACACUGAGAAGCCACUCGAUAAGCCAAUGACUAACGACAGGAAAUCCCAGAUGUGAUGGCUCAGAAGUGGAUGCUGUUAGCCAUCUUUGGCUCUUUUGGCUAUCUUUUUACUGAAGGUUUCUUCCUGGAUGUUACAUGCCAAGAUGCCUUCAUAUUUCAUGACAGAAAUGUGAGUGUCAGAUGCACCGUCGAUUAUGGGAGCAUCCCUGUAUUAUCACCAAAGAACUGCCGUGUUCAACCUUUGGACAUUUUAAGACUUGAAGACAACCUAUAUCAGGUUGUCAGCUGCGAGGAAUGUACAUACAAAAAUGAUACCAUGAUCGCACAGAUAAAGAUCCCGAAUCCUCGUGCUGGAGAGUAUCAAGUCUAUAUGCUGACAGACUGUGGUGGUUUCGGAAGAGCUUCAUUCAAUCUAACAGUUAGAGAAGAAAAUGGAACUAAAGAUCAAUGUGCAAAUAAAGAGUAUUUAGGUUUUGGUACCAACUGGCAGAAGAGGGAGCUUGCAGCCGCAUACGGAGGUCUAUCCAUUUGCUUCCUCCUAGUCAUUAUCCUCCUCCUUCUCAAAGAGAAGGGAUAUUUGAGUCUCCUGCUUUUGAAAUAUUCAAAACCUAUUGCCCAAAGUAUGUUUACAAAGUCAAUGGAUGCAGGCAUGAACUUCAACAAAGAGGAAGGAGGACCUAAGGACAUCAUUUAGUGUGAACAUGUUCAGAAGCAGAUAAAUAGAUAGACAGACAGACAGACAGACAGACAGACAGACAGACAGACAGAUAGAUAUUCAUCCUGAGGGAAAUUUUACAUCUAAACAUGCUACUCUGGCUUACUCACAUGUUUACAAACUGUUUUGAGUCAUAAACCCUCUGCCUGAUUCUGCUGUGCAUUGUGAAUUUGUAUUAUUUUUUUAUGUUAAAUGUAGGUUGAGUUGUUUUAGUUGUUUUGUUGUUAAUAGAAAGUGUUUUAUAUAUUUGUUAAGAAAUAAUUAUUCUUGUAUUCUUGCACUGGUAAUCAAUUUACACUUCUUUCUAAACCUCAUAAGAGAUAGAUAGAUAGAUGCAUCUUAUCUACAUUAUACAUCACAUGUGUAAAUUAUAGGCUAUCUAUUCAUAUAUCAUUGUAAAGCACUCUUCAAUAAAGAAUAUUAUUAUUUUG